AAGCGCCUGCCAUGGCGCCCGAGCGGCCCAUCCUCACGCGCGCGCUGGCGGCCGCGGUGGUGGCCCUGUGCCGCAGGGGCGCCGGCUUCGCGGGCUCGCCCACGCCCGCCUGCCAGCGCGGCGAGCGCGUGGCCGCGCGCGUGAGCGCGGAGUACCUGGAGCGCUGCGGGCCGAAGGACGCGAAUGUGGCGUUCGACGCCUCGGCCGCCAUUGGUCCGGGCCCCACCGUCACCUACAAGAAGCGCCCCUUCGGCAUCCUGCGCUACCAGCCGGGCAACGGCAUGAAGGGCGCGAUGGCCAUGGAGGUGAUGCCAGUGUCCCGGCACCCUGGGGACCCUCAGGGCCAGGCGUUCUCCGCCGGCGUGUCGGGCGGCAUGGUGGUGAAGUCUAUCGUCGGCGCGGAGAUGUUGACGGAGGACUUCGGCAAGAUCAUGGACCGGCCCGACGACGAGGUGGCCGACCCGCGCUUCUCGAAGUUCACCGCGCUCGCCCUGGAGAAGUUGGGGAGGAAGGUGGUCUACGCGACCGUGCCGGGCUACGUGCACGCGGGCGCCGAGAUGAAGGCGGACGGCCAGGAGCACGAGCUCCGGGAGCACGCCUACGUCGACUGGCCCGCCGCUGCUCCUGGCCGGCACCGCGGCUACCGCUGCCGCGACCAGCGACGCCAGCACUUCCACGACGACUGCCACGACCGCGGCUACGACGGCUACGUCCCAUCCCACGACCAGGCCCUCCCCCACUUCCACGCAAACUACCACACACUCCACUGCGGCUACGACCAGGGCCACGACCGCUGCCACGACCAUGACAACGACCAGCGGCGCCUGCACUGCCACGUCGACUACCACGUCCGCGGCUACGACGCUUACGACCCCUCCCGCGACCAUGAGCACUCCCACUGCCACGCCAACUACCACGACCUCGACCACAACCACGACCUGGGCCACGACCACCACCGCGACCAUGACCACGACCAGCGACGCCUGCACUACCACGCCGGCUACCACGACCGCGGCUACGACGCUCAUGAUCCAUCCCACGACCAUGUCUACUCCCACUGCCACGCUAACUACCACGACCUCCACUACGACCACGACCAGGGCCACGGCCGCGAGCAUUCCUACGGCGACGAGGGACGCGUCGACGCUCCCGACGCCAGCUCCGAGGGCGACACCGGCGACAUCUUCGGAAGAGACUUUGACGCCAGUUCCGAGGGCGACCCUGGAGCCAGCUCGAGGGGCGACACCAGCGCCUACGCCGGAAUGAACGCCAGCGCCGACACCAGCAACAGCGCCAGCAUCGACGCCAGCGCCAACGCCCGCGCCUACGCCGACACCAACGCCAGAGCCUACGCCACCGUCGACGACACCACCGACGACAACGCCAACGCCCGCGCCUACGCCGGCAUGAACGCCAGCGGCAGCGCCAGCAUCGACGCCAGCGCCAGCGCUCGCGCCUACGCUGGCACCAACGCCAGAGCCUACGCCACCGUCGAGAACAGCACCGACGACUGCACCAACGCCGGCGCCUACGCGGGCAUGAAUGCCAGCGCCUACACCAGCACCAGCGCCAGCAUCGACGCCAGCGCCAACGCCCGCGCCUACGUCGGCACAAACGCCAGAGCCUACGCCACCGUCGACGACAGCACCGACGACAGCACCAACGCCCGCGCCUACGCUGGCAUGAAUGCCAGCGCCUACACCAGCACCAGCGCCAGCAUCGACGCCAGCGCCAACGCCCGCGCCUAUGCCGGCACAAACGCCAGAGCCUACGCCACCAUCGACGACAGCACCGACGACAGCACCAACGCCCGCGCCUACGCUGGCAUGAAUGCCAGCGCCUACACCAGCACCAGCGCCAGCAUCGACGCCAGCGCCAACGCCCGCGCCUAUGCCGGCACAAACGCCAGAGCCCACGCCACCGUCGACGACAGCACCGACGGCAGCACCAACGCCGGCGCCUACGCCGGCAUGAACGCCAGCGCCUACGCCACCACCAGCGCCAGCAUCGACGCCAGCACCAACGCCCGCGCCUACGCCGGCACCAACGCCAGAGCCUACGCCACCAUCGACGACAGCACCGACGACAGCACCAACGCCGGCGCCUCGGUCGGCAUGAACGCCAGUGCCUACACCAGCACCAGCGCCAGCAUCGACGCCAGCGCCAACGCCCGCGCCUACGACAGCACCAACGCCA